AUGAAGUGUCUCAUCCUCGCCGGCGGCCACGGCACGCGGCUACGGCCUCUCACGCUAACGGUCCCGAAGCCGUUCAUGCCGUUCUGCAACAGACCGAUUGUCGAGUAUCAGAUUGAAGCUAGCCUCGAGGCUGGCGUGGACCACAUCAUCCUUGCGAUUCCGCAGGACCAAAGCAGCAUGCUGCCUACGAUUGCGCAGCUUAGUGAGAAAUACAACGUUCGUAUCGACUGCUCCAUCGAGGCCGAAACGCUCGGCACAGCCGGACCACUAAAGUUUGCGGAAAAGUUGCUGUGCGAUCCCGAAGAUGAUUGCGCCGAUUUCCUAGUGCUCAACAGCGACGUCAUUAGCAACUACCCUUUCUCCGAGCUGGUAGCGGCGCACCGCCGCAACUCUGCGGACGCAACGAUACUGGUCACCGAAACCGCACACCCCAAAGACUUCGGCGUGAUCGUGCAUGACGCAGAUUUCCGCAUAAAGGCGUUCGUGGAGAAGCCGGCGGAGUUCAUCUCCAACGAGAUCAAUGCGGGCGUUUACGUGGUGAACAAGUCGAUGAUAUCGCACAUACCUCCGGGAAAUGUAUCCAUUGAGCGGUACUUUUUCCCCAAGUUGGUGGCAAUGGGCAAGACGUUCUGCCACCCGCUGACCGGCAUAUGGGCCGACAUCGGGAAGCCCAAGGAUUACAUCCAUGCCCAGGGGCUCUACAUAUCAGGGCACAAGCACAACGAGCAGAUAAAUCCGACCCUUUGCAGUGCGAACGGUGGCAAUGUGCCCGAGGAGGGCCCGCUGGUCGUCAUAAAGACAAAGGGCGGCCUGCUAAUUCGUCGGAAGGGCGAAUGCAAUAAUAGUGCCGAAGGCACUGAAGGAGAAACUACAGACGACAUCAGCGCCUACCCAAACAUCGGAAAAGACGUGGUGAUUCACCCGCCGGUGCUCGUCCACCCCUCCUCUCGCAUAGACCGCGGAUGUGUACUGGGUCCUAACGUAUGUAUCGGCCAGAACACGUCUAUAGGGGAGGGGUGCAGAAUCCUGCAAUCCACAGUCCUGGAAGGUGCACGUCUGGGAGCGCACAUCUACGUGGAAGGCAGCAUCGUCGGCUGGGAUUGUCGCAUACACCCCUGGGUACGAGUGGAGGGUCUGAGUGUUUUCGGCAAAAAUGUUGAGGAGCUCGCAAACUUCAGGAAGGACCCGCCUCCGAACUGUACUCUGGAGGUCUUUGGAUCUCGCAACGACAUCUGGAUCAUCACUUGGACGGGUCUUCCUGGUACUCUCUACGCGGGUGAGAAAUACCGCCUGAAGAUUCUAUUCCCCAAGGAGUACCCUUUGAAGCCUCCGGUGGUCUACUUCCUGCAGCCGUCACCAGUGCACGCACAUGUGUACUCGAACGGCGACAUCUGCAUGAGCAGCCUCGGGUCGGACUACGUGCCCACGGCGUCGGUGACGAGCUUCGUCCUCAGCAUCAUAUCGAUGCUUUCCAACGCAAAGGAAAAGAGGCUCCCGGUCGACAACCACCUACAGUAUUUAGGGCUGGGCUACGACGUAGUGGAGAAGGCACGCAAAAGUGCCCAGGACGGUGACACCAAUGACGGCGCCGAAUUCAAGGCACCCAUAGUGCAAUUGGUAUGGCCGGGUGCCAAUUCCAGGCGGUACAACAACACCUUGCGCUGGGGACUACCACGCAACGUCUAUGCAUGGCGGGUGCCGUACUACUCCAUCAAGGAAAACACAACUAAUAGUGAAGACACAAAGAGCUCCAGCGAGCAGCUAAUGGCCAAUCUCGAUGCCAAGUUAGCGGCAAAGGCACCCAAAGUGAGCAGCACCGACGGAGAAGGCGAGGCGAAAGACGCAAACGGACAACCCACCAGCGAAGGGAAGACCAUAGAAGGAAACGAACUACCCGCCGGAGAAAGCAAAGAUGCAAUUUCGGAAGGAGAUUCCCCGCAGAAAGAUGAAGACGCUUCAGAGGAUGACGACGAAGACCCUUUCGCCUCAUUGAUAGAAGAAUCAGCGGAUGGAGAUUCGCCUUCCGAAGACGACGACGAGGAAGACGUGUUAUCGCUCGAUGAUGACACAGGAUCCGAGCCUGAGAGCAAUGAAGAAAAUUCGGGCUCCGACGAAGCGUCACUGUCGGCCAAGCUCUCAGUCGGAAAUUCCACGAGCUCCAAAACAUCGAAGAAUCAGCUCUCAAAGAGAGAAUCUUGUGUUGCCUUUGUGGCCGGAGUCCUGCUCAAUCGAAGGACACGUAGGCAAUACCAUUUCGCAGGUGGCGAGGUAACGCUAAUCAAGGAGAAAAGCGGUAGUGAGAACCAAAGCGACAAACACAAGUCAGGGGAAUUGAGAGGGCGUGCAAAGGCCAUUAACGCCCACGUUGACGCCAACUAUGGCGACGAGCAGAACUCCAGCGCUGCUAGCAACCAGAGUUCAAGCGCCAUGGACAUGCUUGGGGGGAAAGCACAAGCAGAUCUGGACCGCGGCGAGUUCGACUCGAAGUGGGCACGCACAACGCGGUAUUCGCCGAUGCCCAUAAAAAUGGAACUCACUCCGCUAGCGUUCGUAUUCAAGCCAUCAGGAAACGAGCACCACUACUACCGAGCAUUAGCGCUAUACGUUAGAAGCGGCACAGGUAAGAGUUCGAAGACGUGA